AUGCAAUUUUCCUCUCCUGUGUUGUCAUCGGUCAUCCUUUUCUCUUCCAGACCGAGCCCCGGGCUCUCACUCUUCACAAUGAAGUCCCUCACCCUCCUUUCCCUCCUCUCCUCCCUCACCGGCGCCCACGCCGCCGUAGCCUCGGAAGCCAACACGGCAGAGGUCGCCGCCGACGCCAUCGCCCUCAACACCUUCAAAGACGCCAUCUGGUCGGCCGAAUCCCUCCCCACCCCCCUCCGAGGACCAGGCUACAGACCCCUCAUCCCUCCCUCGUACGAACGCUGCGCCGUCGACCCAAACGGGCCUCGCGACUUCACCUACCUCACCCCCAACGGCCUCGCCGUCACCCGCGACCGGCGCACCAGCCGCGCCAUCGAGGAGACCGAUCCCGACGACCAAUUCCAAGGUCUCGUCUUCGAAACCCCUAACAACGUCUUCUCCCCCAGAGGCGUCUUUGACGUUCGCCUCCCCGGCCGGGGCGACAGACCAUCCCGCUACCUCGCCAUCUUCAAAAACGGGGAAGUAGGCUGGGUCCUCCGCAGCACAAACGGGCAGACCGCCCUCCGCGAUGAACGGGGCCAGCCCUACGUCACCACAGUCUUCUCCGUCCAGUGCGACGGUCUUUCCACUGCGGGUGUGAUCAACGGGCUAGAGUUUGAGUCCCACGUGUUUUCCAAGAGGCAGGAGAACGGUGGCGUCCAGGUUUCCGAGAGCAGCGGGGGUCGGCCGAGCAUCACGGUGGGAUUGUACGUCCUCCCACGACUCCGAGACGUCAUCGCCAACCCCCCCGUUACCAAGACUUGCCCCAAAGGCGCAGACUACACCACCCGCGACCCCGCCCCCCCGGUGACGUCCAACGGAUGCGGCCCGACAGAUUGGUGGAGGUGGUAUUUCGCGCCAAAGCUGCACGAGACGUUUGAAGAUGCCUGCAACUGGGUGGAUGUCUGCUGGACCGACUGCACCCAAACCUUCACCACCUGCAACUCGGGCUUCGCCGCCCGCCUCCUUGACCGCUGCAACGAGCGCUUCCGCACCGAGUCCUCCCUCUCCUCCUGCCGCAACCUAGCCUCCGCCUACGUGGCCUACUACAGCAUGGCCAACGCCGCCCUCACCUACGAGGGCGUCAAGGACAAGUACUGCGGCUGCCAGUGCGCCGAUCCCGAGCAGCACCUCUGCGGUGACGUCUGCGUCUACAAGAACGACCCCAACAACUGCGGUCGCUGCAAUAAAUGCCCCUCCGGCUGCAUAAACGGCGUCUGCGCCUCCACCUGCCAAAACCCCUGGUCCUGCAACACCCCAGGCGACCUCUGCUCCGCCGGCGGCGCAACCCCCAACCCGGAAACCAUCGACGACUACACCGACCUCUGCCUCUGCGCCGAGGCCGCCGAGUCGGCAGGCAACGUCUGCGCCUGGGCCGGCGACGUCUGCGGCGCAAAGGGCUGCGCCGUCAACUCCGACUGCGAGUACGGCUCCGCCUGCAUCCUGCUGUCCUGCUGCCGCGGCACGCCCGGUGUCUGCAUCAGCGUGAGGGACGACUACUGCAACAACCCUGCGCUGCCCAGGAACGGGCUGUUGAGGAGUCCGCCUGAGGGGAACAGGCUUUUUGAGGGUGCGUUCGCGAAAAAGGUUGUGGGUUGA